ACCAUCCAGUGCCUAUAUAUACAUUCCGCUUUCCUAUGCAUUUGCAACUUCAUCAUAUUCUCUCACAAUUCUUUCUACUCAAGAACCUACUAUUCGGCUCUUUCUAUCAUUUGUUACGAGACAUGGACCGAAAAUCGGAUUCCAGCGUGAAAAGAAGCUCAAGAUCUCCCCACACAAAACCUCCAUUCACUCUAAGCGAUGUCAAGAAAGCAGUUCCACCACAUUGUUUUCAGCGUUCCGCUAUUCGCUCUUUGUCAUACCUUGCCUUGGAUGUCUUCAUUUCUUUCUCUCUUUACUACAUUUCCGCAACCUAUAUCUUAACCUCCGAAGUAGUCAUGUCAUCCAAAUUAUAUUUUCUUACUUGUUGGAUUAUAUAUUCAUUGCUUCAAGGAUGCAUACUUGCUCGAUUUUGGGUCAUAGGUCACGAAUGUGGGCACGGGGCUUUCAGUGACUACAAAUGGCUCGACGACACAGUCGGAUUCCUCACACACUCGCUCGUCCUGUUUCCUUAUUUUUCAUUCAAGUUUAGUCACCAUCGUCACCACUUGAGAACCGGAUCCCUCGAAGAGGAAGAAUUCGACGUCCCUCUGCUCAAGAAUCAAGUCUCGUUUAUUUUUAAAUACCUCAACAAUCCUGUCGCAAGAUUUUUUGUUAUUAUCCUGGUUCUAAUUGUUGCGGUGCCUCUGUACUUGCUUGUCAACUUCCGUGGCCGUACCUAUGACCGAUUCGCCUCUCAUUUUGAUCCGUAUAGUCCAAUGUUCUCACGAAAGCAACGUGCUCAAGUCUUGCUUUCGGAUGCUGGAUGCUUGGCCGUGAUAUAUGUAGUAUACAAACUUGCUCUGUUGAAAGGCUUCGCUUGGAUUGGUUUUAUUUACGUAGGACCCUACCUAUUCCAAAAUGCAAUGCUGAUCAUAGUGGCUGUACUUCAACACACAAACCCUCUUGUGCCUUACUACAAUUCCACAGAGUGGGAGUGGUUAAAGGGAUCCAUGGCAACAAUUGAUCGUGAUUUUGGAUUUCUCAACACGGUGUUUCAUCAGCAGCCGAAUACACAUGUAGCACAUCAUCUCUUUCCGAAAAUGCCACAUUACCAUGCAGUGGAAGCCACCAAAGCAUUUAAGCCUAUAUUGGGGGAGUACUAUCAGUAUGAUUACACCCCAUUCUAUAAAUCACUGUGGAGUACUCUAAAAGAUUGUGUCUACGUCGAGGAAGAUGAGCAAAACAAAGGGGUUUAUUGGUAUAACAACAAGUUCUGAGUUGCGAGAGUUGGCCUCUCCCCAGUAUGGAGAAUCAGCCCCAGAGCUUAUAAGUUGCUUUUUCUAUUCAAAAGCAUUCAUUUUACUUGCGUUGUAGUAUGAUUGUUAAUAAAGUUGUACUAUAAUUAUUUAAUUAUUAUUGGUUGAUGUAAUAACAUGUAGAAUUAUACUCCACUUUGAUUUAUAAAAAUUUUCUUUACAUAG